GGACAGCCAACAUUGUCACUUCCAAUCGAAAGCCAUCGCUCGGAUGCAGAUGAGAUAAAUGCAAAACGAAGAAGAGCGUCGUCCGAAUUCCAGGAUGGUACCGAAGGAGGGCGCGUAGAUAUUAAUAAAGUAGACUACUCGCUAUUUACCAACCCUUUCUUCAAGAAGCUCAAGCAGCAG